AUGAAACUGGCUACGAAUACUGAGAAGAUCACCCACUUACUGUAUGCUGAUGCCGUUCUGGUAAUGGAAAAAGCUUUCAGUAGGAAUGCAAGAAUUUUGAAGAAAAUUUUCAAAACAUACUGCAGAUGGACAGGUCAGGCGGUUAAUUUACAGAAGUCCAUGGUUAUCUUUGGUAAAACGGUUUCGGCAUUAAGCACUGAGGCUAUCUGGUUUCAGAAGGAAAGUAAGUAUACCAAGCACAUUUGGUUGAAGAAGUUGAAAUUAGAUCAGAAGGUCUACUUGUUAUGGUGGAGAACAUUGAACGGAGAUUUACCAACAAUGGAGUGGCUUUGUCACAGGAAAUUAUCUGAUUCUAAAGAAUGUCCAAGAGAUUGUCAUGAGAAUGAAAACACAGAGCACGUUAUUGUAAAGUGUAAAAGGCUGAAGGCUUUAUUACAGGAAUUGAGAAGAAGUGGGUUCAAUGUUCCUGAAUUUCAUAACAUGGAGGAGUGCAAUAAGGAUUUAGAGCAGAAUUCUGGAAAAGGUCUUGUGAAGAUUUUUGCUGUGGCAGUUUUCUGUAGCUGGAAAUCUAGGAAUUUGACAAAGCAUGGCAAUGCUGAAAUUCCUUUAGCAUAUGCGGUAGCUGAAAUUAUAUCUCAUUCUUCUCAUCUCCAUUCUGAUCCAAUUGAAAAGAACUGGCACACCAACCAGCAUUUGCUGUCCAAAUCUUGGUGUCCCCCUCCUCACGGUUGGAUUAAGUUGAAUGUUGAUGCUACUCUAUCGGUUAACAACAUGGCAGGUAUUGCUGGAGUUCUUAGGGACUACAAUGAAAGAUUGCUAUGUGCUUAUGGUAAAAAGCUAAUUCAUUGGGAUAUUGCUCACUUGGAAUUCAAAGCUAUUAUGUCUUUUGGAAACUACAUUCAAAAUUGGUUUUAUGAAUACAAUGGAAUAAUCAUUGAAGGAGACAAUGUAAAUAUCAUGAAGAUGAUUCAAGAUUCAAUCAACUUGAAGACCAACAAAGGUACCAAACCGGACCUUUCUUUCUUACAAGUUUUCAAUAAAGUUGUUUUUCUUUUUGCUAAUAGAGAAUGUAAUAGAUCGGCAGAUUUUUGUGCCAAGUAUGUUUUGUUAGGAGAUUUUUGUGCCAA